AUGCUAGCUUUUGCUCAUCUUAUAAGUAAGGCUAUUAUAACAAAACCAUGUUUGAUGCGUCAAAUUACCACUACAUCUAUUCGAAAUGGCAAAUUUUUCGCUGAUGCUGAAGACAAACGUCUUGACCAGCACUAUAUGGAUAUCUUCAAUGAUCCAAAUAUUGAUGGUUUCUUUUUGCGAGGAGCUAUGCAAGAUUUACACGAAUUGGAUAUAAUUCCUGAUCCUGAUAUCUGCGAUGCCGUGCUACGUGCUUGUCGACGUGUGAACGAUUUUGCACUUGCCAUACGUUUUAUCGAAUCUCUGAAAGAAAAAUGUGUUCUUAGACGGUGGACUCACAAAUGGUUAUUGGACAAGAUCAAACCUACCAUGGACGAAUUAGGCAUUCCAACACUGGAGGAAAUGAAUUACGACAAGCCUGAAUUGUUCGUGCCUAUGUCUGAUUGGUGGUGGGAACGAAAGUGGUACAAGGAAUAUGGAUUCGAUAAACAUGGCUACGAGUACUGA